UUGCUACUUGCUCUCUAGCGUGUGGUGCGCGAGUGCGACUGGGCCUUUCGUCACCGCCAGGACCCGCGUCGACGCGCAAUUCUCCUCUCGUCUAUCAGCACAGCGUGCGGCCAAGCGCAUUAAGGCCCCGCUCGCGCCUGCUACAACCAUCAUUGCCAACUAGCGCAACCAGCUCGCCGCGACCUCAGCUGCGGGCUUCGAGUCCCGCUGACGGCGAAGCGCUGCUCACCUGACCGCCACCUCACGACCCGCAGACCCCGCACGCUCGUUCCCAUCCCACCACCACCACCACCACCGGUGCCACCACCUGCUCUACAGCCGCAGCUACAGCCGCUGCAGCGGCAGCAGCCCUACCAUGCCUAGGCGGCUGGCCGUGUUGGCCACUUGCAACCUGAACCAAUGGGCCAUGGACUUUGAGGGCAACCUGGGCCGCAUCAAGCAGUCCAUCCGGGAGGCCAAGGCCAAGGGGGCCACCUACAGGGUGGGUCCUGAGCUGGAGGUGCCGGGCUACGGCUGCGAGGACCACUUCCUGGAGCUGGACACCGUGACGCACUCCUGGGAGGUGCUGGCGGCGCUCCUGGCCGACCCCGAGGGCCUCACGGACGGCAUUCUGGUGGACGUGGGCAUGCCCGUCAUACACAGGGGCGUGAUGUACAACUGCCGCGUGUUCCUGCUCAACCGCCGCGUGCUGCUCAUCCGGCCCAAGCUGCACCUCGCAAACGACGGCAACUACAGGGAGACUCGCUACUUCGCCACCUGGAAGCACCGCGGCAAGGUCGAGUGCCACCGCCUGCCCGACUGCGUGGCACGAGCAGUGGCGGCGGCGGCGGCGGCGACAACCGCCAGUGCUGACGGCGGCCAGGCGGCGGCGGCGGCCGCGGCGGCGGCGGCGCCGCCUCCACCGGUGGAUGUGCCGUUCGGUGAUGCGGUGCUCAAGCUGCGGGAUGCGCUGCUGGCCGCCGAGACCUGCGAGGAGUUGUUCACACCGCAGGCCCCGCACAUCGAUCUGGCGCUGGCGGGUGUGGAGAUCAUCAGCAACGGCAGCGGCAGUCACCACCAGCUGCGCAAGCUCAACCAGCGACUGGACCUCAUCCGCGGGGCCACUGCCAAGGCGGGCGGCGUGUACCUGUACGCCAACCAGCGCGGCUGCGACGGGGGGCGGCUGUACUUCGACGGCUGCGCCUGUGUGGCGGUGAACGGGCAGCUGGUGGCGCAGGGCGGGCAGUUCGGGCUGGCGGAGGUGGAGUGCGUGGCGGCGUGUGUGGACCUGGACGAGGUGGUGUCGUACAGGUGCUCCAUCUCCUCCCUGCGCGAGCAAGCCAGCUCCACCACCCCGCCCGCCAUGGUGGAUGUGGACUUCAGCCUGUGCCGCCCGCCGCCCGGAGCCGCACAGCCCGCACACCCCUCGCCGCCCAUCUCACCCAAGGUGCUUCAGCCCCAGGAGGAGAUCGCGUACGGCCCCGCCUGCUGGCUGUGGGACUACCUGCGGCGCUGCGGCGCCAGCGGUUUCCUCAUCCCGCUCAGUGGCGGCGCCGACAGCAGCGCUGUGUGCGCCAUCGUGGGGGCCAUGUGCCAGCUGGUGGUGGCGGCUGUGCGCGAGGGCGACGCCCAGGUCAGUGCCGACGUGCGCCGCGUGGCCGGGUACGGCGACACACCCGCACCCGCACCCACACCCGCACCCGCACCCGCACCUGCCACCAAGGACGGCGCCGCCGCCAGCACCAGCACCAGCACCAGCACCACUGCGGCGGCGGCUGCGGUGGGGGGAAGUGCGGCUGCCGGUGCAGGCGGUGCGGGAGGUGGUGCGGGAGGUGGUGCGGCGCUGCCCACGGACGCCCGCGAGCUGGCGGGUCGGCUGCUGAGCUGUGUGUACAUGGGCACUGCGAACAGCAGCCGCGAGACCAGGGAGCGCGCGCGGGCGCUGUGCGACCAGGUGGGUGGCUACCACCUGUCCCUGUCCAUGGACGGGGUGGUGGAGGCGGUGGUGGGGCUGUUUGCGGCGGUGGUGACGGGCGGCAGGCGGCCCGCCUUCAAGGCGCACGGAGGCACCACAGCUGAGAACCUGGCGCUGCAGAACAUCCAGGCCCGGCUGCGCAUGGUGCUGGCCUUCCUGCUGGCUCAGCUGCUGCCCUGGGCGCGCGGCGUGCCGCACCGCAGCGGGGCUGGCUGGCUGCUGGUGCUGGGCAGUGCCAACGUGGACGAGUGCCUGCGGGGCUAUCUGACUAAGUACGACUGCUCCUCAGCCGACAUCAACCCCAUCGGGUCCAUCAGCAAGGCGGACCUGCGCUCCUUCCUGCAGUGGGCCGCCACCCACCUGCACUACCCAGUACUGGCGGAGGUCGAGGCGGCGCCGCCCACUGCGGAGCUGGAGCCGCUGAUUGAGGGCCAGCAGCCGCAGCUGGACGAAGUGGACAUGGGCAUGACGUACGCCGAGCUAACCCUGUACGGCAGACUGCGCAAGGUCGCGCGGGCCGGCCCUGUGGCCAUGUACAACGCCUGCGCGGCGCUGUGGCGGGGGCGACUGGCACCGCAGGCCAUUGCGGCCAAGGUCAAGGACUUUUUCCGGUUCUACUCCAUGAAUCGCCACAAGGCCACCGUACUGACGCCCGCCUACCACAUGGAGAGCUACUCGCCGGACGACAAUCGCUUCGACCACCGCCAGUUCCUCUAUAACAUCAGGUGGCCUUGGCAGUUCCGUAAGAUUGACGAGCUGGCGGCACGUGACGAGGCAGCGGCGGCGGCCGAGGCGGCGGCGGUGGCGGAUGCGGCGGCGGCGGCGGUGGCAGAUGCGGCGGCGGAUGCGGCGGCGGAGCCGUCCGCCAAGGCGGCCGAGGCGGCCGUGUUGCUGCAGUGAGGAGGGGCUGUGCAGCUAGGGUGCGUGCAGACGGGGUGGGAGCCGCAGCGUGAGGCUGUGGUGGCGAGCAUGGUUUGCGCGCUUUGGCUAAUCCGGUAUGCUCAAUGCAUAUUUGGCAAGCGGUGUGGGUUCGGGGCAACGGACGAUGUUGGUGUCAAAUGUGGCGCGGGCCGGCACUUUGGAUUUAUCGGCGUGUGGGUUGGCAGUGCUGCGCCUCCGAGGCGGUAGGAGCAUGUGUUUUGCGGCUGGGGGGGUCGAGAUUUCGGGAAGUCUUUUUGGGCUGAGCCCCCUGCUGUCGGCGUCUGCGUCGGUGUGCCAACGAGGACACCUACCAGCACGCCGCCUGCAGGCACAGCUGUGGCGACAUGGCGGCGGCGAAGGCGGAGGUGGUGCUGGGGGUGGCGCGUGUGUUGCGCAGCGGCUUACGCCGGCGAUGUGUGCGGCAGGUCCCUGGCGCCGUGGCGCGACCGGCGGUGCCCGCAGCGCCAGCACCAGCACUAGCAGCAAGGGUUGGGGUUGCUCGAACGACUCGGAUGGCGUUCAUGUAACCGCUGUUGGUUGAGGCCGUGAUGGACUCACAUUGAUGGGGUCGGAUCAACGCGGCUUUCACAGCUUUUGGGCAGUUGACAAUUGGGGCGGAGAUUGAUUGGACGACGUUGACGUUGGAGCCAGUUGCUACCCUAUGUUCCGGCGUGGGCUUGGCAGAUCGACUUUUUGGCUUUUGGCGACGUGGUGGGCACCAGCCGCCUCUCUGCGGCAACUGCAACUGCGGUAUUGGAGAUGACGUUAUUGAUAUGCUUGAAAGAACGCAACACGCACAAGCGACGUGUGAAGAGGAUGGGUUGGCGGGUACGUGCCGUGACAUGCGGAAUGUGCACUGUUGGACUUCGCUGGCACUUGACUGCGCAAUCACGCCCAAUACGCUUCAGGACGUUAUAACAGGAAAUAAGCAUGUAGUGCGCAGAUGCAACAGUAGGUGAGCUUGUGGGUACCGCGGUUGAGUGUUUCCUCAAAGGUUAUGAGGUAUUGGGUGGUGGCGCCCCACUUCGGCACAUUUGGUGAUGGCGCCCCACUUCCGCAGUAACUCUAAGCUUAUUUCAAUGUGUCGGCCGCGACAGUCCUCAAUGGAACUCUGACACUGACUCCUGUCUCGGUGCCUCUGGCUCUUUGCGAGGCCUUGUAACAAACGGUGCGC